AUGCGGAAGGUCUGGCGAAGCGGCUUUGGUCUACUGGGUGGCCUGUUGGCUAGCACAGCGACUGCCCAGACGUGGACAGACUGCAAUCCCUUGAAUACCGAGUGCCCAGCCAACAUCGCCCUUGGCAUGACCAUCAACGUCGACUUCACUCAAGGCGAGGUCAACUCCUUCGCCGCAUCCGGCUCACCGAAGUACGACGACCAAGACGGCGCACAAUUCACAGUCGCCCGAGGAGGCGACGCACCGCAACUGGGAUCGCUCUUCACCAUCAUGUUUGGCCGCGUCGAAAUCACAAUGAAGGCAGCGCCCGGCGCGGGCAUCGUCUCCUCUCUGGUACUGGAAUCUGACACCCUGGACGAGAUUGACAUCGAAUGGCUGGGCGGUUCCCCAGACGAGAUGCAGAGCAACUACUUUGGCAAGGGCCAGACGACAACCUACAACCGCGGGCAGUUCCACGACGUCAAGAACACGCAGUCCGACUGGAUCACCUACACGAUUGACUGGACAAACGAGCGCAUCGUGUGGAUGGUGGACGGCACCGUCGUGCGCCAGCUCGGCUACGACGACGCCGAGGACAACCAGUACCCGCAGACCCCCAUGCAGGUCAAGUUCGGCGCCUGGGCCGGCGGUGACCCCAACCACAACCCCUCGGGCACCGUCAAGUGGGCGGGCGGCCCGACCGACUACAGCCAGGGCCCCUUCACCAUGAGCGUCCAGAGGCUCUCCAUCACCGACUACUCCACGGGCAAGAAGUACAAGUACACCGACAACUCGGGGUCCUGGCAGUCCAUCGAGGCCGAGGACGGCGAGGUCAACGGCAACAUUGACAACGAGGACGCCAUCACCGUCACAGCCACCGCCGAGGGAUCGGCCAUGACUGAGGACGCCUCCGUCCCCGUCGGGGGUAUCGCCGAUGACGGCAGCUCGGCGACGCUCACGCAGACAGGGUGGCCCUGGGACGGCAGCUCGAGCCCUACCGAUAGCGCCAUCCCAGACGGUUGGGUAAUGACCGACGAAGGCAAGCUGCUCCCCAGUAGCUCGCUGAGGGUACAAGCGCCCCGAAUGGCGAUGCUUCUCCUCGCGGGCCUGUUGGGCGCUUUUGUCUUGUAG